AUGAGUGAAAUUAAAAGGGACGUGUGCACCAGCGAUCGUUUUCUUCAGGCCCUACAGAAUACCGAGGAUCCGGAGAUUGUGGACGCGGAGCUGCUGCUGCUGCUUCAGGACCUCGGCUCCCCCACAGAGGAUCCCAUCUCACUCUCACCAGCGGGUCUUUAUCAUUUGCUGCAACUCCUCGUCGAGCGCACGAAUAAUGCUUGGCUGGAGGUCAGAAAAAAAAUUGCGUUUGUGUUUUCUGACCUAGUAUCAAAAGGUCAUGGUGACGUGCUGGCCGACGCUCUUGUUUACGGUAGGCUGUGGCAGACAACUGGAGGCGAGGCUCGCGCUAGUCAUAUUGACCUUGGCGACACCGGUGAUGAAAACUUGGAUUCUGCUGCGGCGCUAAAACAGCUGAAGUACUUUAUUAGGAAGCUGGCGUUGGCUCAUGGUACGGUGGAACGUUGCGUUCCUGCAGCUGACGUAUUUCGGACUUUUACACGUGUGCCUAGUUUUUUGGAGAUAAUUCUCUCACCCGCUGAGUUGCUGAGUGAGACAGCGGAAGAAAAAACAUCUGCGCAGCCUCACCCGAAGCAUGAUCGCUUUCAAGAGACAUGCAUUGGAAUUCUUUGUCGUAGUGCUGCGUCAUACACAACUGUCUUUUGCACCGAGACAUGGCGUUCCUUAACGACAGCCCUCUAUACAAAUAAAAGUCUUUCGGCCUCUUUGCUGCUACAUUAUUUCAAUGAAUUUGUGGCACUGCUGACGGACUGCCUAGUGGGUCGAAACUUUGUCGCCAAACUGCACGCUCUGGAGUUACUCGCCGCUCUUCUUGAAGAUUCUGCCUUUCUGAAGGCCAGAAGAAAAUUUGCAGAGUCUCCUGCGUUACUUUGUGCUUUGCUUCCCUUGACAAACAGCUCAUCGGCGCACAUUCGAUUUCUCGUCUUUGAUACGCUCAAGGUAUUUAUUGCGAAGGGGAACAAACCCGCUCCUAUCAGGUACGUUCUUUGCAUUAACCGUGACAUGCUUGCCCGCUACGUGGAGGACUACUCUACAAAGGAAAUUGCAAUCAACAAGCGCCUGGAGGUUGAAAAGCAGAAAUUGCUGCAGAGUCUCACCUCUCUCGAACCUUUGACACACGAAGAAGAGCUGCUGCUUGGCAUCUAG